UCAAAAGAAUCGAUCGAGCGAGGAGAGGAUUCGUCCUUCGCGCUCUCGCCAUCGCCCGGGGCAGCGCGAGGUCUCGGCGACGAAUCAGGGCUUUUGAGGUAUGGCAAUGCGCGAUUCUAGAAUGGGCGCCGUCGGCGCGAUUGUCUUCGCCAAGAAUCAUGGCCCGGGCAGCUCUAGGAGUGGGAUUUUGGCCCCGAUUUCCAGCCGGAGGGGAUCAUUGGCUCAGCUGAGGGUCUUGUCGGUGACCAAGGGCGGGAAUGAGAAUGCCGUGGAUGAUGAUCGUAGCAAUGGGAGUAGGAAAAGAGAGCAAGUUGCCGAUAAGUUUGAUGUCGUGAGGAACCCGAGCGAUAGCAAGUUCGACAUUGAUUAUCUGGGCGAGAGCACGAUGGGAGACAUGACCGUCAAGCGUGAAGAUCUUGGAAGCGUAGAUCUGGCUCCCGGAUCAAUUGAAGAACUCGCAAGAGAAGAAGCACGCGAGGCAGAGUGCCUUCUGGAAGAACUAAAUGUUCCAGCACAGUAUCCUCAUGGAAUAGCGUCACGAGGAAUUUUCUGUAGCAGGACAUUAAAUCUUCGCUCCAUCGCAGCAAUUGGCUACGACAUGGACUACACUUUGAUUCAGUAUAAUGUCAAUGCUUGGGAAGGGAGAGCAUACAAGUAUGGUAUGGACAAUUUGAGAAGCAUGGGGUACCCAGUAGAUGGGCUGAAGUUUGACCCGGAGCUGGUUAUACGAGGCCUUAUCAUGGACAAGGAAAAGGGAAAUCUCGUGAAGGCCGACCGAUUUGGCUACGUAAAGAGAGCAAUGCAUGGGACUAGAAUGGUUUCCAAUCGCACGAUAAGUGAAAUCUAUGGCCGUGAGCUUGUAGACUUACGUAACGAGAACAGAUGGGAGUUUCUAAACACACUGUUCUCGGUUUCGGAGGCUGUAAUGUACAUGCAGAUGGUUGACAGAUUGGAUGAGGGUGCUAUACCACCACAGCUUGGACCCUUGGAUUACAACAGCCUCUACAAAGUUGUGGCGAAAGCCCUUUUCAGAGCUCACGUAGAAGGAAGAUUGAAGGCUGAAAUAGUUAACGAGCCAGAGCGUUUUGUAGAGCCUGAUGCUGAGCUUCCCUUGACACUCUUGGAUCAAAGAGAGGCAGGAAAAAAGCUUCUUCUAAUCACAAACUCGGACUAUCAAUACACUAACAAAAUGAUGCAGUACGCUUACAAUCAGUUUCUUCCUAAUAACAUGGACUGGAGGGAUCUAUUUGACAUGGUGAUUGUGUCAGCGAGAAAGCCAGAGUUUUUCCAAAUGUCACAUCCCUUGUACGAGAUCGUUACCAAGGAUGGCUUGAUGCGUCCAUGUUUCAAAGCAAACCCAGGUGGUUUGUAUUGUGGUGGUAGCGCGCAAAUGGUGGAGCAAGCUCUCGGUGUCCACGGCGACGAGACGCUCUACGUUGGAGACCAUAUCUACACUGACGUUAGUCAAUCCAAGGUUCACCUUCGGUGGAGGACUGCUCUCAUUUGUUCCGAGCUCGAAAAGGAGGUGAAUGCCUUGGCAUACGGUAAAGACCAUAGAGCGAAGCUCAUCGAGCUCAUGAACCAAAAAGAAGUUGUAGGCGAUGUUUUCAAUCAGCUCCGCCUUGCGCUUCAGCGCCGUAAUAGCGGACGUGAAGCACAGACGAAUGCCGCGACGACGAUGGACACUGACGAACUGGCUGAUAGUAUGCAAAACUUGCUCGUCCUAAUGACUCGCAUCGAUCAGAAGAUUGCGCCAAUGCUCGAGGCGGAUGGAGAGUACUUCAACAAAAGAUGGGGUUACCUCUCCAGAGCUGGAUUGUGGGACAAAAGCCAUCUUAUGAGACAAAUCGAGAAGUACGCAGAUAUCUAUACUUCUCGAGUCUCAAAUUUUCUUCGAUUCACUCCAUUCAUGUACUUUAGAUCUCAGGCUCAGAGCCUCGCGCACGACUGCCAUUCGAAUUGGUUUGACAUGAGCACGGCCAGCUUCCCGCGGAGUGAGCCUGUCACUCACUAACAGCAUUUACUCUGUAUAAGAUACUGAUUAACCUCUAAACAAGAAGCUCCUUUAGCUUGUUUGAUCAUCGUAAA